AUGAGUGGGGAUCAACUGCACAACGACUCUCAGAAGUUAGCAGCUCGUAGCAACAUGUAUACAGAUCCAGAUUUCCGAGCGAAUGAUUCUCACAAACAUAAAGAUAAACACAAAGAUCGAGAACAUCGACACAAAGAGCACAAGAAGGACAAAGAGAAAGACCGAGAAAAAUCCAAGCACAGUAACAGUGAGCACAAAGAUUCCUCGGAGAAAAAACACAAAGAGAAGGAGAAAACCAAACACAAAGAUGGCAGUUCAGAAAAACACGACAAACACAAAGACAAACACAAAGAUAGAGACAAGGAGAAACGAAAGGAAGAAAAGAGUAAAUCGUCUUCUGGUGAAGUAAAAAUAAAGAAGGAAAAGGAAAAUGGGUUUUCCAGUCCGCCACGUAUUAAGGAAGAAAUAGAUGAUGAUGGCUACUAUGCUUCUCCCAAAGAAGUUUUCAAGCCUCUAAAGAGACACCGAGAGGACGAUGAUGUUGACUAUAAACCCAAGAAGAUAAAAACCGAAGAGAUCAAAAAACCGAAGAAGAGGAAACAAGAAGAAGAGGACAGCAAACCCAAGAAAAUAAAGAGCAAAGAUAAGAAGCUUCCUGAAAGAGAUAUGAAGAAGAAGAAAACAAAAAAAGAGGAGGAACAGAAAUGGAAAUGGUGGGAGGAAGAACGCUAUCCUGAAGGUAUUAAGUGGAAGUUCUUGGAGCACAAAGGUCCUGUGUUUGCACCGCCAUAUGAACCUUUGCCCGAAAACGUCAAAUUCUACUAUGAUGGUAAAGUCAUGAAGCUGAGUCCCAAAGCAGAAGAAGUUGCCACGUUUUUUGCAAAAAUGCUUGAUCACGAAUACACUACAAAGGACAUCUUCAGGAAAAACUUCUUUAAAGACUGGCGAAAGGAAAUGACCUCAGAAGAAAAGAGUACCAUUACUAGCCUCAGCAAGUGUGACUUCACCCAUAUGAGUCAGUAUUUCAAAGCUCAGACAGAAGCCAGGAAACAGAUGACCAAGGAGGAGAAACAGAAAAUUAAAGAGGAGAAUGACCGAUUAUUAAAAGAAUAUGGUUAUUGUGUCAUGGAUAAUCACAAGGAACGAAUUGCCAAUUUUAAGAUUGAGCCUCCAGGUCUCUUCAGAGGGCGUGGCAAUCAUCCCAAAAUGGGCAUGCUGAAAAGACGGAUAAUGCCCGAAGACAUCAUCAUCAAUUGUAGCAAGGAUGCCAAAGUUCCUCCUCCUCCCCCUGGACAUAAAUGGAAAGAAGUCCGGCACGAUAACAAAGUGACCUGGCUGGUGUCAUGGACGGAAAACAUUCAAGGAUCUAUUAAAUACAUCAUGUUGAACCCCAGCUCUAGAAUCAAGGGUGAGAAAGACUGGCAGAAAUAUGAGACGGCUCGGAGACUGAAGAAAUGCGUAGAUAGGAUUCGAAAUCAAUAUCGAGAAGACUGGAAGUCCAAAGAGAUGAGAGUGCGGCAGAGGGCUGUUGCACUGUACUUCAUUGACAAACUCGCUCUAAGAGCUGGUAAUGAGAAAGAGGAAGGGGAGACGGCUGACACAGUGGGCUGCUGCUCCCUCCGUGUGGAGCAUAUUAAUUUACAUCCAGAAUUGGACGGCCAGGAAUAUGUGGUAGAGUUCGACUUCCUUGGGAAAGACUCCAUCCGAUACUACAACAAGGUCCCUGUUGAAAAAAGGGUUUUUAAGAAUCUUCAGUUGUUCAUGGAGAACAAGCAGCCUGAAGAUGACCUCUUUGACAGGCUCAACACUAGUAUCUUAAAUAAGCAUCUUCAAGACCUUAUGGAAGGGCUGACCGCCAAGGUAUUCCGAACAUAUAAUGCCUCCAUUACGUUACAGCAGCAGCUAAAGGAGCUCACUUCCCCGGAUGAGAACAUCCCAGCAAAAAUCCUUUCUUACAACCGUGCCAAUAGAGCUGUCGCUAUUCUCUGCAACCACCAGAGGGCACCUCCAAAGACCUUUGAAAAAUCCAUGAUGAAUUUACAGACGAAGAUUGAUGCCAAGAAGGACCAGUUGGCUGACGCCAGGAGAGAACUGAAAAGCGCCAAAGCUGAUGCCAAGAUCCGGAGGGACGAGAAGUCUAAAAAGUCAGUGGAAAGUAAGAAGAAAGCUGUACAGAGAAUUGAGGAGCAGUUGAUGAAGUUGGAGGUUCAGGCUACAGAUCGGGAGGAAAAUAAGCAAAUUGCCUUGGGAACCUCCAAACUAAAUUAUCUGGAUCCUAGAAUUUCUGUUGCCUGGUGCAAGAAAUGGGGAGUACCUAUAGAGAAAAUAUAUAACAAAACCCAACGGGAGAAAUUUGCCUGGGCAAUUGACAUGGCAGAUGAAGACUAUGAGUUUUAACCUGAUUUUAAUGGCUGGAUUUUAAUGGAAGUGAGGGGGAGUAGCCUGGUUUUAGGGAGAGUGAUAAACUGUGAGCCUUACUUGUCCUUUAUAUUGGGGGGGGGAGGGAGCACUGGGAGGGGAAAGCGAGUGUCCGACCAAGUACCCAACAUCUUUGAGAAAAGAUACACCUGGAAAUACUAUAGAGGAGCUGAGCCAGUUGUCCUAUGGACAACUUAUUUAAAAACUGUUUCAGAGACCCAAAUUCUAGCUGUAUGGUUUGUGUUUUAUCUCUGGAGGGAGGACAAGUAGAUGGGGAGGAAUUUGUUAACCUUCCAGCAGGCAAAUUCCCCAUGACACUGAAGAGCUUGGAAAUCAUUAGCUACUGUAUACAGAAUCCAAUGAGAUAUUGGUGCGUUUUUACAGUUAGGGUUUUGCAAUAACUUCUAUAUUUUAAUAGAAAAUGGACUCCUUAAUUUCCCACCCCCCUCCCCCUUCAUUAAUUUAACACAACCGAAGCCCUCAGCGCACCAGCUCUGGCAGUCAUGGAAACACCCCUGUUGUGUUUUCACUUUUACUUGCCACCAUCAUGGCAUUGAGACAACAUAUAAUUAAAAUGCAACAUCUUGUCAAAGCAAAGCAUGAUGGGAAGGUCCUUCCUGACUUGAGUGUUGUUUUUCUUUAUUUUCUUCUUUUGUUAAUGUGAAUUUUUACUGCUUUUAAUUAUUUUAAGAUAUUUAAACUUUUUUUUCUUCGUCUUGAUCUUAAAGAUCAUGUAGAUUUUGCAGAGGGUAGGAAGGAAAAGGCUGGGGAGGGUUUUUAAUAGAUUAUGAGUACCGAUAAAUUGGUGACAAAAUGUUUUCCCAUCAUACUUUGUUCUGAGUACAUAAUAUAUAUAUCAGAAAUAUCCACACAUUUUUUUCCUUUGGGUUUUGUUCUUUUUUGACAGAUGGCUUUUCUUCCCCCUCCCUCUUUUUUAAAAAAACCCUCUUCCCUCCCCUCUUUUACUUGAAAGAUUUUAUUGUGUACAAAAGAACUUUCACAGGUCAAUGAAAUUUUGAGGGAAGUGAGCUUUGGUCCAAACAAACAAACAAAAAACCCCCAGAAAAAUAAUCAAGAUCUUAGGGCUUUUGUUUUUUUUUUCUUUUGUAAUUGUGUACAAAAUUUAAAAAAAGAAUUAAAGCAGAAUUUUAAUGUGAACCCUUUUUUGCUAUAAUCCAUUAGUUUUAGAGACCUUGUUAGCUUAGUGUGGUGCAAAUACAAGUUUCCCGCAGUCUUUCCUCAACAAGUAUCUUCUAUUUUUAUCAUGAAUUCCCUUUUAAUCAACUGUAGGUUAUUUAAAAUAAAUUCCUACAACUAAACACAGCGCUAGCAUCUGUGUGUUCUUGCAACCAGAGAGCCAGACUGCCCACUCAAGUCCAUACGCA